GAGCAAAAGGAAGACAGAAAAGAGGCACAGCACAAGCAGAAUCAAAUAAUCAAAAAGUCAUCGCAUCGUCCAUGGCUUCAAAUACUACUCGUAGAUUCUUUCAUCGUUUAACGUGAAAAUAUCAGUGAAAAACUAGUGAACAUAGUUAAAAUUUCCAUAAACAUUGUCACGAUGAGGUUGAUUGUAUUUGUGAUCGCCCUUGCGGUGUUGUUUUCAGCUUCGGAAGCGAAGAGAAAACGAAAAUUUGAAGGAGACUUUGAGUUUGCCGAAGAGGACGAAAAUAGGUCUAACAAAUCAGAAGAAAAGAAAAGAUGGAUACACGAUCCUUCGAGCGAUCUGUGUCGACCGUUGAACUGCAAGAAAAAAGAGAUCUGCCUGCUGGAGGAUGCCUUCACAGCGGUCUGCGUAUCCAAAAAGGAACUCAAGAAAAACGGCGAUAUUGUUGUUCCAAAAACGGCAGCUGAACCAGACGAAUCAAAAGACGAUGAAGACGAUGUAUUCUAUGACACUGAAGACGACCUAGAAAGCGACAGUGACGAUUCAUUAGAUUCUGUAGUAUGCAAGCCUUGUCCAGUUGUAAAACCAAUAUUUUUGUGUGGUUCAGAUAACACGACGUACAGUUCCCUAUGUCGACUGGACUACCAUAACUGUAUCCACCACUCAAACAUUAAAGUGGGAUGUAAAGGCUUCUGUCCCUGUUCAGAUGAUGACUACAAGAGAAAACAGAAGCAAUCAGAAAAACUGAAUACUUUCAUGAACAAAUAUAAAGCUACGUUAGAUAAGACAGGUACUGGUGGAUCUAUUAAUGGAGGAAAGCUUAACAAAAAUCCUUCAAAAUCCGAAUUAUAUACGUAUACUCCUCAGGACUUUAAAUACGACAACAAACAUUACAAGUACAUCAAAUAUACAAAGUAUAAUAAGGACAAUAAUAUUUUAUAUGCAGAAGACAAGGAACGACUUCGAGGAUACAAUGAAAUUUUGGAUAACAAAAUCUAUAGUGGUCCUAUACUUGGAACUCCAAUUUAUCCCCCCAAGCAGUGUUCUCCAUCGGCAUUGCAGGCUAUGGGAAACAGACUAUUGGACUGGUUUUCCGUUGUUAUGUCCGAUGCAACGAAAAGACGAAGAGCAAAAGUUAAAUCCAAAGCUCACUUCCCCGCAACGUGUAAAGGCGAAGUAAGAUGGAUGUUCCAGCAUUUGGACGCUGACGGUGAUGCUAAGCUUUCUCUACAAGAACUUUACGACUUAGAACACGAUCAAAGCGAAGUUUGUUUGAAACCCUUCCUGCAGCAAUGCGACAUCGACAGAGACGUCAUCGUUACUCCUUCGGAAUGGUGUAGAUGUUUCCAGCGAACAGAAAGGCCUUGCGCUGCGGUCAAACGCAAGAUUACUGUUGACAUGCUUGGAGUGUUUGUUCCUGAGUGUGACAACCAGGGGUAUUACUUACCGAUGCAAUGUCAUAGUGCAAUAGGAAUGUGUUGGUGUGUCGAUAAACAUGGCGUCGAAUUUGCAAAUACUCGCACACGCGCAAAACCCAACUGCGACACCAUCAUGAACAAAUCCAGCUUGGAUUAUUCCGCAAAGCAGAUGAGCAAUAGCGUGGACAACUCCAGCGAUGACGAAGGCGGAGAUGAUUCUGGAGAUCAAGAGAUCGAAGGUAGCGCCGACCAUCCCACAGACUAUUAGAAACUAAGUUGAAACUACUAUUGAUAGUAAAACAUAAGAAAAAAGGAACAACCAACACCUUAUUCCGUUAAAACGCCUGCUACUUAACUUAAAUCUUCAUUAUGACCUAAUUUGUACGGCUUAGAUACUUAGAUAUUUUUUAUAAACGACGAGAAAAAGUUACGAAAACAGUAUAAUUUCUGCAAUAGUAGCUUUUAUGGUUUUAAAGGUCAGAUUGUGACUUCGAAAUCAGCUUUUAUUGAUAGUUGUAAACGUUCGCAACUACAUACGGUUGUUACUCAAACAGUUAUUAGUACAGUUAAGAUUAAUACGAUUGAUACUUUACAGUAUCAAAUAUUAUGGAUACCUCGAGAAGAUUGGAUCAUGAAAACAAACCUAAGGCUGAUAUUCAUUUUUACACUAUUCAAUUUAUUAUACAGUCUUAAGGAAAUCGUCCAUUAUUAUUUAUUUCCUCUAAAAGGUAAUACUUAAAUCAUUUAAAAAUAUGUUAUAAUCGAGUUGGUUGAACGAGAGAAGCACUGUCUAGUUUACUAGUUCUAGUCCAAAUAUGCUACGACAACAGAAAUAUACAGGGUAUUGCUCUAAGACUGGUUGAGAUCUGAAAAUUACAUUUGGUGGGUUUCAAAAGGUAGUUAUUGAGCAUUUUUUGGCAAACAAAUAACAAUUUUAUAUUCAUCAUUGGCGUGCCUAAGGGUAAUGGUCUGAAUUUUUUAAAGAAAAAAAUGGUACGCCACUGAGAUAUUUCAAAUUAAAAAUUAUUUUUAUAUUCCAUGUUUAAUUUACGAAAAAGGACCUUUCUUGUAUUUUUUUCCUAUGGUGCACCGUUUCUAUGCGAAAAAAUAAAACAUAUUCGAGCGUAUUUUUCAUUUCUUAAUACAUUAUCAAGAACUCUCCGAUAUAAUAAUACCAAAGUAGAACAAUAACAGAAACUAUUACUAAAAAAUGUUUUAACUAGGUGCAAAGCUACAACAAAUGUUCAAAAUUACUUCCUUUACUGACGAUUAAUUUAUUGCUUUAAAACCAGUUGAGAUAUGCAAAUGAAAUUUGGUAGGUUUUAAGAGAUAGUUAUUGCGGAUUUUUUGACAUAAAAUUAAGAAUUUUAUAUUUACCAUUAGCGUGCAUACGGGUAAUAUGAUCGGUUAUAUUACACGUAUGCGCGCUAGUGGUGAAUAUUAAUUCUUAAUUGUAUGUCAAAAAAUGUGCAAUAACUACGUCUUAAAACCCACCAAAUUUCAUUGGCAUAUCUCAACCGGUUUUAAAGCAAUAAAAUAAAUCGUCAGUUUGUAAGAAAAAAUUCAACAUCCCGUAUCUCGGAAACGAAACAUUUGCAAACAUACGUUUAUAAAGUCAACUGUCAUUAUUUUUUCAUGCAGAAUUAUCCCUUAAAGUUUGUCGCACUUUAUUAGAAAUACCGUGUAUUGAUGAAGAACAUGUCUAGUUGUUAAAGGACCUAACUUUUUUAUUAUCCAACAUAAACGAAUAAAUAAAAAAACAGAAUGUUAAGAAAACCUGAGGCUAUAGUUGGAUUUUAAUUUCAGUAUUCUAUGAAUCUUCCACAGGGUGAUGCGAACUUUGAGAAAAAAACACAGUUUGAUUGGUACACCCGGUAUACAAUAAAAAAUUUACUUAUUUAGCAACAAUAUUAUUACAGUGGUAUUGUUAAAGAAUCAAGCUAAAACAUUGUCAAAAAAUCACUUAAAUCGGCCAACAGGUUUAGGAAAUAUGAGACAUCAAAAAUGACCAAAUUUUUAAGUGGGCCGACUUCUAUGCACGCAAGUUUAUUGCGACGUAUUUUCUCGAGGUUCUGGACAAGACUUUUACGUCCCCUAUUUUAGAAACCGAUAAAGAGACCAACCAAUCCAUCCUACUCCUACUACGAAUAACGAACCAUCUUAAUUUAAUCAUCUAAGCUACUACUGCCAGUAAUUGUACAGGCGAGACAGAUUCUGUUUUAGUUUUUAAUAUUUAUUGUAGUUAAUAUAAAAUCGACGUUUCGAGAAACUUGAAACAUUCCACAUACAGGGUCUCACAAAAAGUUUUACACAUUUCAUCGCUUGAGAUAAUCAAUUGAAAUUUGGACAUGUAUUACUUUCACAUAUUAUGUAUUUAGAAUGAUACUACGGUUAAAACUUUUUUGGACGUCCUGUAUAUAGCUGUCGUGGAGCAGCAAACAAUUUCCAAAAAUAUUAAAUCUUAGUUAUGUGUUGUUUACAAAAAUACUGUUGUUCGUUCCGCUAUUUCUGUACAAACUUUAUGUACAAGUUGCCAGAAAUAUCCGGAAACGUCAAACUUUGUUUACCUACGCGACGUUGUCAGGGUUUCAAAGGGUUUUCGUUUGUACCUGUUUCACAGUAAAAUUUCCUUUCGCUUGCUUUUGAAUUUAAAACAUUGUGUAUAAUUUCACGGGAUUCUUCAGUUAGUGGCCUAUUUUUAACUGCACUUGUAAUAUUCAUGUUUAUUAAAAAAUAUGAAUUGUAUUCUAAAUAAACAACUAUUCGACGAUUUAUGAGGCCAAACCACUGAUUUCGUGCACAAUGCAUUUUAAAUGGAUGUUUACAAUUUGCACCAACGUGUUCAACAAAGUUUUUCAUCGAUUGUCAUUUGUUUCGAGCUUCUGUCAUAUGUUGUAUAAUCCGUGGAUAAUGUUAAUAUACACGGAUGAUACGACAUAUGACAGAAGCUCGAAACAAAUGACUGUGAAUGAAAAGCCCUACUGAAGUCCCCUAUUUGUGUUGAUGUUCUAUUAGUAACCACUUUGGAACACAUCAUGGGACACACGUAUGGGACGUGACAGACACUUUAUACUAUUCUCUAGCUUUUCAGGUGGAAAGUAGGAUACCUUUUAUAACAGCUUUUGGCGAAUUUUGCUCCAAACAAAUUUGUAUUUAUUUUAUACAUCCAACCUAGCUUAAACGAAUAUAAUUUCAUAUUUUUAAAGUAUUUUUUAUUUUUGGAAAUUGUUCUGGAAUCACGAAGCAAAGUUUGUCUGAUAUAGAAAUGAUACAUUCCAUGCCAUUCCUAUUUUUUUAAGAAUUUACCAUAAACGCAUCUCCAUGUAGUAUUUUAGUUAAGUUUACUAUAGUUUAUUAUUGUAAAUAAUCUUAGUUUCUGAUAAGAUAUAUACAAAAAGAAGAGAAAUACGUCCUUUCAUGAUACAACCAACAAGGUGAAAUGUAUUUGGUAUUUAAUUCGAUAAGCUUUUGAUAUAUUUCAAUUCAACUCUCAUAUGUGUCAAUUAAACAUUUUCAGAUGCGCCAGACUAAUCAUCUAUGCCCCUCUACAAUUAAGUUUGUACAGUGCUUUAAAAUAAUCAGUCCAAUGGGUCGGCUGUAUAAUGACAUUUUCAUUUCUAAAAACGAUACGAACCGUCUCCGUGCUUCGGAGGGCACGAAACGCCGUUACUCCCCCUGGGCUAGUGUGCAUCGAUAGUAGUUAUCUGAAACAGGGUUAAAGAUGUAAUUGGCUCCGGAAUAAUCCGAAACGAGCUCGUCAGCAAGAAUGCCAUACGAUAUUAUUAUUAUUGUCUGUUCAGUUAUUUCUUAUGUAUCCUCAUUGUUCAGAAACUAUAAGAAUGAGCAAGCUUUAUAGAUGAAAAUAAUAUUUUCUAGAACAUUUAAACGAGGAUAAAAUAGGAACUUAUACUAUAAGCAGCGAGCAAAAUACGUGUUAACGAACAGCUGUCGGAGGAAAUUGAAAUUAGACGUGGGGUGAGACAGGGAUGGGUAUUGUCGCCAAUUCUUUUUAAUGCCUACUCGAAAGAGAUUCUGAAAAAGCUCUCGAGGGUGAAACAGCUGGAACAAAGAUAAAUAGAGCUUCCAUUAACAUUAGAUAGUAUAUGCGGAUGACACCUUAGCCGAAAAUAUGCAAGAUCUUCAGAGAUUGGUGACCAAGAUAGCGGGGCAACGAAAAGAAUACGGUCUAACAAUGAACGUCAAGAAGACAAGAUUUAUGGGAAUAUCGAAAACUUAAAGUAAUAACGUGAAUCUUCUAAUAAACGGAACCAAUCUCGCACAAGUAGCCAAAUAUCUUGGAACAAUAAUUAACUCCACAAAUGAUUACUUCCAGGGCAUCAAAAUCAGAAUAGAAAGGGAUAUAGCAAAUUUCAACAAAAUAAGAAGAGUGUUCUGCACAGGAGAUUUAAAGUUGGGGCUAAGAGUUAGGUUGGUAGGGUGCUACGUUUUCUAGUCUUUGUUUUAUGAAAUGGAAGCUUGGACCUUAAAUGCAGCAUCAAUAAAAAAAUCGGAAGCAUUCGAGUUGUGGGUGUAUAGAAGAAUUCCGAAAAUAUCAUGGACACGUCACAAACAAAGGGUUUCAGAUAAGAUUGUAUAAAGAAAUGGGAAUCUUAAAUACAAUUAAAACCGGAAAAUUUGAAUAUCUUGGAUAUAUUACAUAUGAAGUGAGAUACAGCUUGCUCCAACUGAUUAUGCAGGAAAAGAUCCAAGGAAAAAGAAGCACAGGGAGAAAGCUAUGAUGACUGCCGCCCUUCGUCGCGGAGAUGGCAGUUGAAAAAGAAGAAGACUUGACAAAAAGCAUAGAAGUUUGUAAAAGAAAGGGUACGAAAUAUAUAUUCUAUAAAGCCAAUGAUUACGACCACAAAAGUAAGGUUUCUUUUAAAAAUACUCUACGAAAAAUACCAUAACUGUAAAAAGAAAACCUAGUGAUUAGGUAGAAAGUGAAAUAAUAGAUACCUACUCAGCUAAUAAGAUUACUAUUUUGAUAUUGAGGUUGUGGGAGAAUCAAGGAAGAAAAGCGACCACAACCAACUACGCAAAUAAUAAGACACUAAAACAAAAAUAGAACAAGAAGUUGAAACGCGAAUAAUGGCGGGAAACAGAUAUAUUUAUUUGCAAGGCACCAUCUAAUGAAAUCAAAACUUCUCUCACGAGGUGCAAAAAUCCAGAUAUAUAAGACCAUAAUACGACCAGCAGUCGCUUAUGGAAGCGAAACAUGGACGCUAACAGAAAGAUAAGUAAUUAAAUUUCUGGUGUAGGAAUACAAAAUUCUUCGAGUGAUAUAAUGGCUCUUGCAGUGGAGGCACAUACACAACACCGAGUUAAAGCCUCUCUUCGGAAAGGUCAAGAUAUAAAAGGCUAAUAGACUAAGACGGUCAGGGCAUGUGAUACGCAGUGACGACAGUCGUCUUAUAAAUAAAUAUGUUUUGGGAAAGACCAGAUGGAAGAACAUGGAAGACAAUAGUAAGCGCGUCAUAGACUCACGAAGAGUUGUAACGUCCUCUAUAAUGAGCUUAAUAAAAAAAACAACGCAUGUUCAAUGUAAUAGAAAAUCAACGGACAAAAUUUCUCCUUGUUGGUCGAUUGUGUAAUGGUCGUAAUUUAUUUUUUUCUUUCGUUAGUUUAAUGGAAUAUCGCAAUAUUUAUAACAUGUAUCUUAUAUGGAUUCUUUUGGAGCAGUCAUUGCGUAUAUAGGUAGUAAAUAGUCAUGCGCAGAAGCUUCAUGUUCGUACUGUCUAAAAACAAUUAACAAUAUGGGGCGAUCUGCUAUUAAUGUCGUUUUUAUAUUUAGAAUUGUCGAAAAACAAUAUUUCCAAUAAGAAAUAACAAAUAAAACAACUAUAUUUAGAUAAAAGAAAUACCUAAAUAAAGAACUUUCCGACCGGUUUCGCAUACUACAAUUUGCUAUGCAUCUUCAGGUCUCCGGGAAGGUACCUAAAUAAUGUCGAUACAAGGAAUGUUGCUAUAUUUAUAAAAACGGAGACCAUGUAACUAUUGGUAGUGGAAAGAAAGGUAGAAGGACGUAGACCAAGAGGAAGAUCAGGAGGAAGAACAUGAUGGACAGACCAUAAGCCGACAAAAAGACGAAAGAAAGGGAGACCGAGAACGAGAUGGUUGGAUGACGUUGAAGACGACUUGAAAAUUAUGACGGGAAGGGCACAAGACCGGUCUGAAUGGAACUAUGUAGCUAGACAGGCAAAGACCCAGGCAGGGUUAUGAUGCCAAAAUAAGAAGAAUAUAAAUUGUUUACAUCUUCUUCUGUUAAAUUAUUUGUUUUUUCAUCAAUUGUUUUUUCCUUAAACUGCAAUAAGCCUCAACGAAGGUCAACAGUUUUCUAAUUAGGUAAUUUUAGGAUCUCUUCUGGUUUCAAACCUCAGUUGACUAGUGAAUUCUUGACCCACGUCACUUAAACCAUUGCAAUGGCAUAGAACGGGUAUGGCAGUCUCUUCUUCUAUUUCGCACUUGCUGUACCAUGGUUCAUUCGCCUUACCUAGUUUGUAUAGGUUUUUUCUUAAACUUAAGUCCAGUCACCAUUUCAGUGACCGUUUUGAUCUCUCGUUUAUUGAGAUUUAUCAAAUUGUUCGAGAGUUUUUUAUCAAUAUUCUUGAUUAUUUUUAGUCUGGAUUUGUCUUUGAUGGGUUCUCCAUUUUUUUAUGAUUCUUUAUCAGCCACUUGUGAAUCUCUUUUUUGUAGCCUCUUCAGUGAUGCCACAGAAAGGUUCUGGACCUACAAAGAUUUCUCUCGAGCCUUGUUUUUCCAACAGAUCUGCUCGUUGAGUCCCAUGCACACUUUGAUGACCCGGCAGUCCUAUUAAAGAUUUCUUUAUCUUUUGUCAGGUUGUUGAGGAGAUUUUUGCAGUUCCUUGCUAGUUUUGAUUUGGUGAGUCCUUUUUACUGCCAGAAUAACCGCUUGGCUGCCUGUGUAAAUGUUAAUUCUAUGAUUUCAUUAAUGCAGUCCACCAAAACUUAGAUCUAUACCUACUGAGCAAUUCUUAGUUGAACUUACAACAGUCAGUUGAAGAAUCAAGUUCCUAAAAUAUUAUGUGUAUCCUGUAUGGAUGUGAAACCUGGAUCAUGAAUAUGAUGAACAAAAUAGAAGCCUUCGAGAUGUGGUCAUAUCGUAGAAUGCUUAGAAUAUCAUGGGCUUAACGCAUUUCAAACAGAGAAGUCUUAAACACAAUAGGUCAAGGCGAAGGUGACUUGAUACACAUAAUAAAAAACAGAAAACAUGAAUAUCGGGGGCAUACCCAUAUAAUGAGUGGUAGCAGUUACUAGAUACUGCUGUUAAUACUCAACGGAAAGAUCGACCAAAAAGAGGAAUUGAUAGGAAGAAAUAUUCAUGGCUCCAAAACCUUCAUCAAUGGAAUGGCUUAUCAUUAGAUGAAUUGUUACAUGCCGCGGAAGAUCGAGAACGAUAUCGACAAAUAGUCAUGAAAGCUACCCAGGCCUAACAUUUAGGCAUGGUACCCGCUCAAAGAAGAAGAAGUCAACCAAAACAAAAACUUAAGCAUUGAACUUGUUAACUAGUAUACUCAUAAAUAAAAAAUAUUGUAGAUAUCAUUCCAUAUUAAGUAGAAUAAGUUUAAACAUUGUCUUUCUAGGCAAUGAUAAAUUUUGUAGUCUGUUAUUAAAAAUCCUGUGAGUGGUAAUCUUGAUCAUCUUUUUAUCGCAUAAUAGUCGGUGGACAAUUGUUAUUUAUAAAAACUAAAAUAAUAGUAGAAUAUCGCCCUGUACAUAUUUAUGCAUUAUGUGUUAGAUAUAUCAUAAUAUUAUUGUUAAAGUUAGAAAUUGUUUAUGUAUUUUGAUGUCCGUUUUUUUCCUAGUAACUAAAUAACUUCGUUUUCUGAUCAGGUCUGUACAUUAAUCACCUAAUAUUAAAGUGUACCGUGUAAAUAGAGAGAAUACUGGAGAGCUUGAUUUGUUCCACAAUUAAUUUUCAAUGCGAGAAUCAUCAAAGUUUUUCACAGCCAAUACUGUUGAUGAUUUUUCGAUUUUCAAAAACACCGAUAAGCUUUUUUUCAACGUCAUGAUGUUUUUCUAAAUAUAUCCUAUACAGUCAUAAGUAUGCGUUCUACUAGAAUCAGAUCUUAUCAAAAUUAAAACGGGUGAAUCGUAAAGCAUAGUAUUACAAUCUAUGUAAGAGACUCAUUAUUAGUCAGUUCAGCGGGAUGUUAUUGUUCGAGGUGUGAAAUUAUAUAAACCAGGGGUCAUUCCAGAAAACAAGUAGAUCCCUUGUUUAUGGAAUUUCAUACUUCGAACAAUAGUACCCCGCUUAGCUGAAUGUUUCGAACAAUAGUAAUGUAGUACUAUAAUAUAUCAGUUUUUGGCAAUAAUACGGAAUUGGAGGUACUGUCAAAUGAAUUACCUAAAUUAAUGAACGAACUACAAGAAAUUAACAAAACAUAUUAAUUAUAAAAGCAGUCAAGGCUGGUUUUUAAAGGUAUCGAUACAAUUUUCAAUUGUAAAAUUAUUUAAAUAAUCUUUCAAUCUAAUGUAAGGCAAAAACUUGUUAUAGAAGAACAUUUGACGGCUGUAAUCAAUGAUAAAUGAAGUAAGUCGAACCCGCUUAUUAGAAUACCAGUUAUAUAAAUAUCCCGGUUUAGAAAUUUGAGAAUCUGAAACGUUUCCUCUUACUCUCAUUACAUUAUAAUAAGUUUAUAUGUGCAAUCCUAAUGCAGGCUCCACACUCUCGGCGAAGUUACUUCGCCAAAGUUGACCGAAGUCCGAAGUACCUCUCUACACACUCGUUCUACUUCGCGAGGAAGUGCGAUACGGACAGAGUGGUGCGAUACCGACAAAGAUCUCUUCGACUCGGACGCGCCAGACCGACAGGGAAUGGAAGUAGAACGAAGUGAGGCAAAGUUGCACAAGGUGGCCGUCUACACUCUCGUAUUUGUUGAACCUCGAUCGACUUCGGCGAUAGCUCACAUAAACAUUUAAACGAAAUGGCAUUUGGCAAACUAAGCUACAGCUCCAAAUAACAAUGGAAAGACAAAUGUUGCACAUAAGACUAAUGGAUAAGAGUGGAUAAGACCGAAAACAAAAGUUAGGGAUGUUAGACAAGAAGUUGCCAAAUUGAAAUGGAGAUUUGCCGGACACAGUAUAAGACACAAAGAAGACCGAUGGAACAAAAUUCUUAUAAAUUGGAGACCGUGGGAAUAUAAUCGAAGCAGAGGAAGGUCCGAAAUGAGAUGGGCAGUUGAUAUCAAAAAGCACGUAGGCUCUAGGUGAUGACUCUAGCGACAGACAAAGAAAAAUAUUCGGAAGGCCUAUGUCUAAAGAUGGACCAAAGAAGACUAAUUAGAUAUACAAAUUUAAAUGAUGCCUGGUUUAUCAGGGCCUGUCAAGUAAUAAAUACAUACUUUAAAAAUGAAUAAACCAUUUUCAAUUUCGUUGCAACACGAAAAUACAGCCGCAUCAUUAUUCUAGUUCAAUCAGAGAGUGCAGCAAGCUUGCAGAAUAAUGAUGCGGCUGUAUUUUCGUGUUGCAACGAAAUUGAAAAUGGUUUAUUCAUUUUUGAUUUACAUGUUUACUCUGAUUGGAGUACGAAGGGAACCAUUCUCGUUGGAACUUUACCGCGCUGAGCAGAUGGGACGUGAAUUAUAAAUUAUAAAAUUCCUUUAUCUUCCUUAGUCUCAGCAUCCGUUAUGGCUUGCAAAUUGUAGAAGCCUCGGAGGUGUAACCAGAGAAGGUUCCAAUUGUUUUCAGUCCGGUAGGAUAUAGAGUAACAUUUUUUGAUGUUGUUUUAUGUGCUAUUAGAUUGAAAACUUAGUAUUUUAUUAAAUACUUUAUUACUUUGUUAUCAGCACCAAUUCGACACUUCUUCGAAACAUCCACAGGCCAUAAAGUACUUUUCCAUAAAGUACAUUGCCCGUUAAUAAAUUGUUAGAAACAGUUAACUUGGAAUUAAUAGAGUUAAUUUAGAAUUCAGCCAGAGACCUACGUGUUUGCAAGGGCAUCAUGGCAUCAUUCGAAGAAAAAAUGAUCUCACUUUAAAAGAAAAGGUUAAUAUAGUCGAAUAUGCAAAACAAUCAAAAUGCAAUCAAAUUGAAGUUUCUAAAAAAGUUUGGAAUUUCACUAGCACAGGUGAGCAAACUUUUAAAAAACAAGAGAGUUUCAUCAACGAAUGACGAGUAAUUCAAGAUCAACCCAAAAAUGAAAACACAGUAUGAAAGAUUCAGAUGUCGAACAGUCAUUAUCCGAGUGGAAUAUUGAGCAGAGGGCUGUCAUGGGGCCUAUCAGCGGUCCAGUUUUAAAAGAAAUAGUUGAAGACAUAGCUGAAAACUACCGAAAUAAAGCUAAACUAAACUAAACUACCGAAAUAAGCAGACGAGUAAGAAUUCGGAAAACUCUCACAUAUACUAAAAGACAAAAAGAUACCACAAUACCUUCGAACCAAAGUGUUCGAUUCUUGUAUCCUUCCCGUUCUCACUUACGGAGCUCAAACCUGGACAUUCACAAAAAUGAACAUGGACAAGAUUAGAAAAACUCAAAGAGCCAUGGAACGACAGAUGCUUGGUAUCUCACUCAUAGAUCGGCAAACAAACGAAGCAACCCGAAACAAAACAAAAGGGAUGCCGUGGAACAAGCGGCUAAAUUAAAAUGGAAAUGGGCUGGACACAACGAACGUCUCGAAAAUGGUAGAUGGAGCAAGGAAGUUGGAAACUGGCGACCGUACGAAGCGAAGAGACCAAGAGGAAGACCUCAAAUGCGCUGGAGCGAUGACAUCAGAAGAGUCGCAGGACCAAUGUGGAAACGCCUCACACACAACAGAGAUGAAUGGCGAGAAAUGCGAGAGGCCUUUAUUCGACAUUUCGAAUAGAAAAAAUUCUAUAAAAAAAUAGCUGAAAAUAUGGAUCAUGUGAACUUCAAAGCGUCAAAUGGAUGGAUCUGCAGAUGGAAAAGUCUGCCGAAAAUACUGGGAUUGACUCACUAGGCCGACAACUAUAACGUAAAAAUAUUACAGCUAAAAAUUGACAGGAAACAUCUUCAUGACGGUCUUGAAAGAAGAGAAUCUCUUAAAGAUAUGUAGAUUCUAAAGAGUCUAAAGUAGAGUAAGAAUCUCAAAGGAAUACGAAGACCUUCAAAAACAAAUUGAACUUUCGUCAAAUCUCAGAAAUAUUUAAUCAUUUAAGUUUAAAAAGACUCGUCCUGAGGAGUCGGAUCAACAAACUAUCUACAUUGUUAGGAUGUCUGCGGGAGAUAGUCUGGUCAAAUCCGUAUAUGCGCACAGAUAGUAAAAUUAGAAUCUACAAGACUUGCAUACGACCUAUCAUGACAUGACAUAUCUUACAGAAGUGCGCGAAGACACCAACACAACGAAACAGAUGCUAAGGGUUGCCGAAAUAAAAACCCUAAGAACCAUAGUGGGGAAAACAAGAAGAGACAGGGUGAGAACUACAAACAUUAGAGAGCAAUGCAAAAUUCAAGAUAUUGUAAGAUGGGAAAGGCAGCACAAGAGGAUGUGGUACAACCAUGUGAGACGAAUGGAUGAGAAUAGAAUAGAAAACAACCCGCCGGUUAGUUGGCAAUCUACCUCCCAGGAAAUUAAUCAGAGGCAGCUUCAGAAUUAAACAGAUCGAAAGAUCUUAAAGAAGUAAAAGAAGAAGUUUAAAAUGAGAUUUCUUCUGAUGUGUCCGAUAUAAAAAUUUGUAAAAUAUACUGUACACUGUACAUCAAUAAACUUGCCAAUUGCUUGCCCUUGUUAUAUAUUUUUGCAAUAAAAUCGAUAUCAUUAUAUUCAAAAUUGGCAUCAUUGACAAAACUAAACUAAAUUAUUAAUUAUAUAUUUCUUGUAUGUUCUAUCGAUACAUUGAGGUGAUGAAUUUCAAAGCUUUUUGUGUCUGUUAUAAGGCAAUAAAAGAAUUUUAUCGAAAACUAAUAAACUUUUUUCAAAAAAAUAUUAAUUCUCCAAUAGUUGAUACAUAUAAGCCGAUUUUUCUUGAGUUUAACUAUGUGCAAUGGAUGGUAGGAAGUUGAAAAAAAAUCUGCGAAAGUAAUAAUUUUUAACAAUUUGUGCAAUAUAAUGUUGGUAGUGAUUUUUUAUAUUGUAUGUGAAGUUUAGGACCUUUUAAGUUGGAGUUGUGUGAGAUGUUUAAUGAAUAUAUCAAAUUUACAUAUGUUUUAGAUGAUUCUAGUUGGACUAAGAAGUAAUCAUCAUACAGUAGCGUGCAUAUAAAAGUUUACUUAUUUAUUGUAUGUUUUCGAGACAUUUAAUAAAUUAGAUCUCUUACAUAUA